CCAGCUGCCUCUCCGUGUCCGCACCUCCGAGCCGGCGCGCCUCCGUCUCUCAGGCUCCCGCGCGGAGUCUCACUGAUCCGCGGACGAUGCGGCUGCUCACGGUCUCCACUCUGCUCCUGCUGCUCCUCAGCUCAGGGCUGGCUCUGCAGAUUCAGUGUUACCAGUGUGAGAUGACACACGACUGCUCCACCCCGGAGUUCAUCGUCAACUGCACCGUGAACGUGCAGGACAUGUGCCAGAAGGAGGUUCUGGUGAAGGAGGACGGUGUGCACUACCGAAAGUCCUGCGCCUCAUCUGGAGCUUGUCUUAUCGCCUCUUCUGGCUACCAGCAAUUCUGCACCGGGAAGCUCAACUCGGUGUGCAUCAGCUGCUGUAACACGCCGCUGUGUAAUGGACCACGCCAGAAGAAGCGACCCCAGCCAUCUGCUGCCGUUGUCCUUAACACGCCACAGCUUCCUGUGCUUUCUUUCUCCAUCCUCCUACUAUCCUCCAUCCUGUGCUGACAGACCUUUUUUAAAAUGCGUAUUGAAACAAACUGAAACUGUACAAGCUGAAUCAUGCGUGCUUUAAAAUGUAUACAAGAGAAAGCUUUUAAAGGUGUUUGUUCCCCUGAGUCCUGGCGUUCUGUUGCAACAAUAAUUACACAGCAGUGGACAAAGUUAUCAUCAUGUAUCAGGGAGCAGCUUCAGGUGGAAGCUGGGUAAGGUGAGCUGGAGGACAGUGCCGUGGAUAAAACGACUUCCAGCAGGUGGCUCAUAAACAUCUGGCUUUAGGGAUGCUGCGAGGUGGAAAAAGACAAAUGGCGUCAAAGAAGGCAGGUGUUAUCUCCAGGAAAAUCCAUGAUUUCUGCUCUAUGAAUACCAUUACCUGGGAAAAAUCCCACAUUUUGCAGUGUAUUUGCAAACUGAAAGUAACAAUAUAUGACGUGUACCAAAUGAAUGUGAUUUCUUUGAUCUCUUAGUAUCUACCGUGUGGUUAACAAACCGCUUAGAGGUAUGGUCGGGAUUGGGUUGCUGAAGAAGAUGAAAUCAACUUUCUUGCAUGGAUUUUGGCCUUAAGGUGACUUGGUUGAUGUUGAGAAGUUCAUGACAAAUUAUAUAAACAAUAGAAAACAUUUUUCUUUUAAUUUUUAACUGCCAUUUCAGUCUGUUAGGUGUUUUACAUAGAGAUAGAAGACCAUGUUGAUAUACCCUGCCUGGCCCAAAAAAAAUUGACACAAUAUUAAUAUUUUGUUGGACCACCUUUAACUUUGAGGGAGCCACACAUUCGCUGUAUUUAAAUAAGCAUUUAUUUCUGUCCAGAGUUUCACUGAUUUUUUUUUGUGGAGAUCUUGUACUGAUGAUGGCAGUAAGCGCUGGUCCUCUCCAGUAUAUGGACUGGUGGCCAGCCCAUGUGUGAAAACGAUGUCUCACUCCCUGAACCACUCUGUGACAAUAUGAGUCAGAUGAAUCAUGGCUUCGUCAUGUUGGAAUAUGCUUGUGCCACAGUGGAAAAUUAAAAUCCAUUGAUGAUAUGGACCAUAACACUGCUAAACCUAGACCUGACCAUCUGAAGCAACUCCAGAUCAUAACGUUGCCCCACAGACCUGUACAGUUGGCACGAGGUAUGAUGGGUGACUCGCUUCAUCCACCUCUUGCUCUAUGACUCAGGAACAGAGUAAAAAAGAUUCAUGAGACCAUAUGUGACCCGAUCUGGCAAAAUGCGUCAGAAGUCGCAGAGGCUAA